UGGAGGGCCUGCGAAAGGGAGAGCAUGGCCACCCUGCGCAGGCUGCGACAGGUACCCCGGCACUUGCUGGUCUGCGAGAAAUCCAACUUCGGCCACGACAAGUCGCGCCACAGGCAUGUCGUGGAGACGCACUACCACAAUUACAGAGUUUCAUUUCUGAUUCCUGAAUGUGGGAUACUAUCAAAAGAACUGAAAAACCUGGUCAUGGAAACUGGAGCCUAUUACUUUGUGAAGAAUUUGCCUCUUCAUGAGUUAAUUACACACGAAUUCAUCAAUACUUUUGUAAAGAAAGGUUCAUGCUAUGCACUAUCAUACAAUACAAAUAUUGAUGAAGAUAAUGCUGCUGCCCUGCUGCCAAAUGGGAAAUUAAUUUUAUCACUGGAUAAAGACACUUAUGAAGAAACUGGACUUCAAGGUCGUCCAUCUCACUAUUCUGGCAGGAAAGUAAUGAAAUUUAUUAUUUCCAUUGAUUUGAUGGACUUAUCCUUUAACUUGGAUUCUAAGAAGUAUGAAAGAAUAUCCUGGUCCUUCAAAGAAAAGAAGCCCCUGAAAUUUGAUUUUCUUUUGGCUUGGCAUCAUGCAGGUGUAGAAGAAUCAGCGAUGAUGUCAUACUUUUCCAAUUACGGAAUUCAGGAGCAUCAGCCAAAAAUAGCAGUGAGCACGAUGACAGAUCUGCAGUGCCCGGUGCUACAGAGCAGUGAGCUGCGGGGAAAGGCGGGGGCGGCCUGCAGCGCAGGGGAGCUCCUGGACUGGCUGGGCGCCGUCUUCAGCAAUGCCAAACUGUGCGUAAAUAAUGAACCUAAUAAUUUCCUAUCGACCUAUUGCUGUCCUCAGCCGAGCACAGUGAUGGCCAGAGCUUGUGUGUGUACCAUCACGGGUUUCAUAGUUCCAGAGAAGAUAUGUCUCCUGCUGGAACAGCUGUGUCGCUACUUUGAUGAACCCAAGUUAGCUCCUUGGGUAACGUUGUCGGUUCAAGGCUUUGCAGACAGCCCUGUUUCAUGGAGAGAAAACGAACAUGGUUUUCAGAAAGGAGGAGAACAUUUAUACAACUUCGUGAUUUUUAAUAAUCAGGACUAUUGGCUUCAGAUGGCUGUUGGAGCAAAUGAUGACUGUCCACCAUAAAAAUACAAAGUUUAUAAUCAUG